AUGGGGUUGCGCCGAGCCUUAGCCGCGCCCCUCCAGGCGUCCCCGUUCAUCCUCGCCUCCCUCUACGCCAUCGUCCGCGCUCUGCUCAAGGAGCGCCCUUGGUCCACCCAGGCGCGCGCGCAGAAGGAGCUCACGGACUCGAUCCCGCGCGUAUCCCCCGGCACCCGCGUCUGCGUCUACGGACUCAGCGCCAAUCCCCCCACGGGCGAGGGCGGACACGCCACGAUCGUCGCGCACCUUCGCCGCAUGUUCGACGAGGUGUGGGUCCUCCCGGUGUACAGGCACGCGUUCGAGAGCAAGAGCAACCUCGCGCCCUACGACCAUCGCGUGCGGAUGUGCGAACUCGCGUUCGGGCUGGGGAACAUGACCGAGCAACAACGACGGACGGAGAAGGUGAAGGUCUUGGACGUCGAGCGAGCGGUGGUCCGCGCGGCGUGGGACAGGCACAGGGUCGCGGAGGAAGAAGCCAAACGCGUCCGCGCGGACGCCCACGCGCGGCGGGGCGGCGGAGGGGGCGACGCGUCGUCCUCAUCAUCAUCUCGCGGAGGCGACGGACCUAAUUCCACCCCAGGCGCCCAAUCGACCGCCUCGGAGUCGUCCGCGGCGCCCUCGCCGAAGGCGCGAAAGACCCCGCCGAUGAGCCCGUCCGCGUCCACCGCGUCCGACGCGCUACAUAUAUCCCCGUUCAAGUCCCCGACGACGAUCGGCGCGGAACCCAGCGCGGGGCCCGGUGCGACGAACGUUCGAGCGCAUCAUUCCGAACGUCAUCCGCACAGCUGUGUUCCGCCGCCCAAGGUGGGAUCCUUCGACGUCAUCACCGCGAUUCGCGAGGCGAACCCGUUCGCGUCGUUCUCGUGGUGCCUCGGCGCCGAUACAUUCGCCGAUCUGAGGCGUGGGAGAUGGCGAAACGGCGCGGAAUUCGCCGCGCUGUGCACGCAGCUGUACGUGGUCCCGAGGGUGGGAGGCGCGGGCGCCGCGUGGGAGGAGAUCGAGAUGGGGACGACGUACGGGGACGAGCACGGGGACGGGGACGGGGACGACGAGCACGAGAUCGACGCCCUGCUCUCGGGGAUGGGAGGCGACGGGGGGUUGGGAGGGGACGGUGCCGAGGGGGGUGCCGAGGGGGGUGCCGAGGGCUCAGGAGCAUUCGGGGACGCCGGACUCGUCCGCGUCGACAACGCCAGCGUGAUGGACAUCCCGGGGAUGAGCGCUGACGUGUCGAGCACCGCGGUGAGGGACGCACUGCGACGGCGGCGAAGGAGGUUACACGAGCGGGAUCGGGCGAAUGGGAAGGCGUUCACUCCGGAGAGUUCGGACGGGAUGGAGAUGGGCGGGCGCGGGGCGGACUUGCUGCUGGACGAGGCCACGCUGGCGACAGCGGUGAGCGAGGACGUGUUGCGGUACGCCGUCGAGCACGGGCUGUACGCGUGA